UAAAAAGACAUUAAUUGUGUAAGGGUUUGACGUAUUCUUGAAGGCGUCGGGGAAGAGAAGCAUAUCCCUGGUUUCCAGUCAAAAUGUCACUGUUUUAUGCCUGUUUGCUGUACUUUGUGCUCCUUCAUGCUGAACCCACCUUGGCUCAGACAACUGUAACUGUAAAGCAAGGGGAUAUCAAUGGGAAAAUAUCAAUUCUUGGACCCAACGUGACCUCGUACCUUGGGAUACCCUACGCUGAACCGCCUUUGGGUAAUCUACGGUUCAAGAAACCAGUACCUAAAGCUGCGUGGAGUUCUCCACUGAAUGCCACUGAGUAUGGACCAAUAUGCCUGCAAAGGAACGCCACGUUUCCUAGCUCUGAGGACUGUCUGACACUUAAUGUUCAUGUACCUCAGAAUAAUAACACCGGCCCUAAAGCGGUCAUGGUUUGGGUUCAUGGCGGAGGGUUUGUCGUGGGCAGUGCCAGGGUACUGGAUCCUGUAGUUCUAGCCCUUGAAGACGUUAUUGUAGUCAGUAUCAACUAUCGAUUAGGUAUAUUCGGUUUUCUCGCUGUUGGGGAUGUCGCAAAAGGUAAUUACGGACUUUGGGACCAACAUCUCGCUUUUCGAUGGAUAAAAGAAAACAUUGCCGCCUUUGAAGGAGACCCUAACAGAAUCACGAUAUUCGGAGAAUCUGCAGGCAGUAUGAGCGUGUCUUUCCAUGCUAUGUCUCCAAUGAGUGACGAACUGUUCCAUCGUGUCAUAAGUCAAAGUGGGGUGGGUUCCCAAGAUUUUGUCCUUCUGCAGAGUUCCAAAAACAUCGCCUUACUGAGUGAAACUUCAAAAUGUAACAGCACCGAUUCAGUGUCUCUGGUAUCGUGCCUGAAAAAUAAAAGCGAACAAGAUCUUCUUGAAGCCUCUAAUAUUCUUGCUGAGACGUUAUUUUGGAUACCCAAUAUGGACAACGAGCUCAUAACCGGAUACGUAGAAAGUUCGAUAAACUUUCUGCCAGACCAGUACCGUAAACUCGACUUCUUGAUGGGAAGCAACAGCCUUGAUGGUAACUUUGACACCCAGGCACUCGCCAAGGCAGAGGACGGUUUCACUGAAUCAGAUUUCAGCAAAGCUGUGGACAACUUACUUCACGCAUUUGUUAGACUGGACAGAGAUGUGAUAAAGGCUGCUCUGUUACAAGAGUAUACAGCAGGUGUAUUAAAUCCAGACAACAGAACAAGAGUGAAACAAUUAGUAGAGAUGGAAGGGGACCUCUUUUUCACGGUCCCAACCCAUUUGAACGCCCUCAAACAUGACACAGCCAAUGGUACUGGUUCCACAUUUGUAUAUUACUUCUCCAUAAACACGUGCUUCAAAGUUUUACCCACUGCAUCUUGGCUGGAUGGAGCUGGGCAUGUCGACGAGUUAAUCUACAUUAAUGGUAUGAUUAGUAGUGUGUGCAACGGUAGCGCCACGCCUGCUGACCUAGCCCUUCAGACUGCUAUGAUAACUUACUGGACCAACUUUGCUAAAUCUGGGUAA